AUGCUUCUUCAUACUGACCGUCGCUUCCAGAUCCGACAAUCUAUCGCUGGCUAUCUCGACGACAAAUCCAUAGCAUCCUACCGACUCAUCUGCAGAUCGACAAAACACGCUCUUGAUGAAGAUGAGGGUUCUUUCUGGCGCACUCGAUUCCUCGAUACCUAUGAUCCUUCCAAACAGACCCCCACAGGUACACGCUCGGUCGUCAACGAGUGGUUCAAGAAGCAAUAUCAGUGCCGCAAGCGAAUCGAACGCCAAAGAUUCGACUUCCAAGUCGGGAACAGUCAGAAGGAGAUGGAGUGCUUGUCGUUGCUGAAAGAUCUUAUCAAUGAAUCCUUCAACGUCAACCCUCACAAAUCCAGGCAAGUUACAACUCACUCUCUCAACAUGGAUCGUCUCGGAAAAGUUGUCAAGGACACCGGGCUCCUCGAGUGCGUCUUUCGCCGUCCUUACAUCAGAAGCAAGAAGUCAACACCCAACCCAGCCUUGCUCGCCAUUCAACUCGUUCUCACUCACCUUUCCUUGACUGCUUCACCUACUUCCAGGAUUGCCAAAGCAUGGGGCUUCUCCGACUCGCAGUCCUUGGUUUAUGCGCAAAAUUCGAUCCGCCCUAUCUUCAAGGGCCCCAACUGUCAGGAGAUUGACAUUGAGUGGACUUUGCAUGUCGUCAACUUCUUCAAAAACCACCUGCUUAACCAGCACGAACUGACCCAUCUUCGUUAUGAUGACCUGGUUGCGAUAGAACGGCCGCAGUGCUGGACAAAGCCCUUGUCGACGAGCCCUUUGAAACUUGGCAAGCACUGGAAGGGCAGCUAUGCCUACGUCGAUCAUGAUGAGAUUGUCCUCAUACGCGAUGGACAAAACGAGGACUACCCGAUCCCAGACCACAUGAGUGGCGACGGUACUGAUCAGCCUUUCCAAAACCUUUGUCUUGACUUUCCUGAAGAAGAUCCUGACUUCUGGCCCGAAAUUUUCGAACAAAUCCUCAAGUCCCGUACCAAGAUCCGAUAUCGUACGGCCACCACACGGGCUCAAAGACGAACUACCGGUCCACACGUCUUGCCCGAAGGCGAACCUGUGUCUUUCUGCUUCAAGGGUGAGGGCAAAGACGCUCGCGAAGGAUUCCUGGCAUCCGGCUACUUCAACCCUUUGCCUCCUCAACACGGCAUCUCUGGCUGGCAUCGCAUGACUAUGAUGAAGUAUUGGAAAGAUGAGCAUGGAUACGUGGACUACAAUUCUUUGUGGGCCUACGAGGGUGUCGUCUUGCCUGGUGGCAUGGUCAUGCUCGGACGCUGGUGGUCACCUUCGGACGACGGAGACGAAUACUCUGGCCCUUUCAUCUUCUGGAAUGUCGACGCCAGCGUGCCUGGUGGUGGUGAACAGAAGACUGCUAGUGACUAG